AUGCUGGAAUCGCGGCUCAAGAAGUAUGUGGUCGGGUUAACAGAGAGUGAGACGAGAAUUAUUGAAAGGCACUCGAACAUCCAGGCGCUCCGUAAGAUGUUUGUGAAGGAGAUCUAUGACGACGAGUUCGAAGAGAAGAUCGACGAAAAUCUGAACAUCUUCGCGCUGCUGAACGGUGUGUAUGACCUUAAUCUGGGUGCGCUGCGUCGGACGAAUCCCCAGGACUACGCGUUGACUUGCGCCAGCUGGAAGUAUGACAAGGAACUCUCGAUGAAGCAUAUGGACGAGGUCGUGAACUUCUUUAGGAAAAUCCUACCUAUCGAGGAAGAGCGGCACAUUGUUCUGACAUUCAUCGCUUCGCUAUUGCACGGCCACUGCAUCGAUAAGAAGUUUCUUGUUUUAACUGAUAAGCGAAGCGGCAACAACGACCCCCAAGAGCCCGUUCCUUGGGACAUCAUCCGAGUCUCGAUGGUCAUCGGCCCCGUAACAGGAUACUUCCACCAAUACUACACAAUGUACAAGAUGAAGACCUCCAUGGGCUUCAGUAGCGUCACCUGCGGUGUCCUCUUAGUCUCCAGGAUCGGUGAACCAUUCGAUAUCGCUUUGCUGUACCAGUCCAUCCUUAUGACAAUCGUCCAACUGUUCCUGCUGGAGCUGUGUGUCCGAUAUUAUCCAUGGACUAUCCAACUCCCUGUCCCCGUCACACACACAAUCCCGUCCUCUCGACUUCACGAUCGUGUCGGUUCGCCAGCGUUGGGGAACUCUUCGAACGCAGGAUCAGGAUCAGCACCUCUUACAGGAGCAGGAGGAGUGAAUACUGUCACCAGUCGCGCGUCGAGACAUGGAACUGGAUGGUACAGGGAGCAUGCCAUCUAUUGGGGGACGCAUUUCUGGAACUGGCCUACUAUCGGACCGUACUUUUUAUUCCUGGCUGUCUUUACGCUAGUGAUCGGUCUGUCGCUUCUGGUCAUUGGCAAUACGCCAUUCUAUGUUGCUCUCCUCGGUUUGGCUGCCCUGGGAAUCGAGGCAACAGUACCAUUACCUCAAGCAAUCCAAAACUACCGUUCAAAAUCCACAGCUGGCUUCUCGCCCGCGAUCCUCCUCAUGUGGGUGGUUGGAGACUCGUUCAAGACUUACUACUACAUCUCGACCCACGCAAAGUAUCAAUUCGUCGGUUGUGGUAUCAUCCAGCUCUGCAUUGACUGUGUGAUUAUUCUCCAGACGGUUAUUUAUUCAAAGCACUGGAAGGAGGCUAGUAGGCACAAGGGCGGGAUCUUUGCGGGAUUGUCGGCGCAGUUUUCCAAGGGGAAUGAAAGGCUUUCUUCGGAUGCUGUUGGUGGAAAUAGUAUCGGUGUGCACAGGAAUAGCUCGGAGGCCUUAUUGGCUGGUGGAAAUGAGGACGAUGAUUAG